AGUGUGGGAAGGCCUUUACCCACGUCUCCUCCCUGAUGAGGCACCAGCGGGUCCACACAGGGGAAGAGGCCCUUUACCUGCUGUCAGUGCGGGAAGGGCUUUUCCUGCUCCUCCAACCUGCGGAGCCACCAGCGGAUCCACAUGGGGAGAGGCCCUUCAGCUGCCCCGAGUGUGGGAAGGCUUUUCGUGAUUCCUCCACCCUGCUGACCCACCAGCGGAUCCACACCGGGGAGAGGCCUUUCAGCUGCCCCGAGUGUGGGAAGGCUUUUCGUGAUUCCUCCACCCUGCUGACCCACCAGCGGAUCCACACCGGGGAGAGGCCCUUCAGCUGCCCCGAGUGCGGGAAGGACUUCACCCGCUCCUCCCACCUCCGGAGCCACCAGCGAGUUCAUGUGCCAUCGCAGGGGGAUUGAAGGAGUGACGGCCGAGUCCCAUUAUCGACAGGGGAGGUGUGGUGUGUGCACUUUCACCCUGAGCUGUUCAAAAAGCAACUACUUUUUCUCUGCCUUUUUGCUGGGGGGAUCUGAAGCUGUAACAA